AUGUCCAUCUCGGCAGGGUCCCUGCUGCUCGCCAUCGAGAGCUACGCUCCGGGCCGCUUCGAGCCCACGGCGCUGGGCCUGCUGCUCCUCGUCGUCUCCGCGCUCCUCGCAUUCGCAGCCAUCCGCAGGCUCCAGUGCGAGGCGUCGGUCUUCGUGAACCUCUGCCUCAUCCUCUCGGCGCUCUGGGCCGGCCAGGGGGUCAUCAUGGUGCUCAUGGGCCAAGGGGCGAUCGGCCGCGACGAGCAGAGCACGCGGCUGGCCCUGGCCCCGGGCCUCGUGGCCUUCGCCCCGGCCUGUCUGCUCCUCUGCUUCGUGGGCCUCGUCAAGGGCCCCGCGCUGCUCGCCGCGAUGUCGGGCGCGGUGGCCUUCGCGCUCUCGCACCGCAUCGCGCUCCUCUACGCGGGCCCCUCCGCCGCGCCGGGAUUCGGCUCCUCCGGGGUGGCCGCCAGCUACCUCGUGGUGGCCCUGGUGGGCCUCUACUACGGCGCGGGCCGCAUCGCGCACUACCUGAGCAGGGGCGCGCUGGGCCUGCCCGGCACGGCCGGCUCCAACAAGCAGGGGGCCCGCGGCGGAGAGGCCGCGGGGAGGAGGAAGCGCGUCCCGGGAGACGCCAACGAGACGGCGGUGGCCGGGUACGCGGCGUGCGCGCUCGCGGCCAGCGUCCUGGGCUGCAGGGCGCUGGGCAUCACCGCGCAGCUGAGCGGGGGGCAGGUGCCGUGGCUGGGCGCCGCCUUCGCCCUGCAGCUCCUCGUCUCGGUCCUCUCGUUCCGCUCCAACGACGCGCUCGGCGGCGUUUUCUUCGCCUUCGCGUCGCUCGUCAGCAGCGGCGCCGGGCUGCAGCUGGGCCUCUGGGCGUGGCACAGCGGCGGCGUCGUGGACGGCUCCGUCUCCCUGCUGCCGCCCCCGGCCCCCGUCGUCCUCGCCGUGCUCUUCCUCGUCGCGUCCCUCGCCGCCGCCGACCGCAGCCUGGCCGAGGUGGCGGUGGGCCUGGUGCUCGCCGCCUCCUGCGUGGCCGUCGCCUCCGACUCGAGCGGCUUCCUGGGGGUCGCGUCGCUGCGCGCCGCCGUCGCCGUCUUCCUCGCCGCCCUCGCCUUCUUCUUCGUGCGCCUCUUCAACCUCGCGGGCGGUCGGCACCGGCUGCCCGAGGGCCAGGGCCUGCUCACCAGGGCGCUGUUCCGCAUCGGCUUCCGCCCGGACCUCUUCACCGGGGCCGACGACUCCGCGGCGCCCGUGCUCGGCUACUCGCGCUACACGGACGCCGAGUCGCUGGGCCACGCGUGCAACGCCCUGGCCGCCUUCGGCAUGACGCUGGCGGCGCCGGCGGACGCAGCGGCCGGGCCCCUGAGCACGCUGGUGCUGCCCUGGGUGGUGGUGGCGGGCGGGCUCCUGCAGUUCGCGGCGGGCGCCAUCUCGUUCUCGCGCGGCAAGACGCUCGAGAGCACCGCGUUCGUGUUCUACAGCCUCAUGUGGCUCAUCUGGGGGGUGACGCGCUACGCGGGCCUCGCCGCCGCUGGCGAGCGCGGCUUCGACCUCUCGGCGGGGGUCAUCUGCUUCAUGGUGCUCAACCUGUUCGUGGCGCUGGGCACCGUCUUCCUCAGCAAGAUGUGGUUCGCGUCGGCGCUCUGCUUCGAGCUCAUCAUGGUGAGCUUCCUGCUCGAGGCGCUCGGCGCGCUGCCGCGCCGCUACGACGAGGCCGUCACCGUCAUCUUCGGCCUCGUCAGCUGCUACUGCUUCGUGGCGUCGCUCUCCGCGCAGACGCUGCACCGCUUCGCGCUGCCCGCGGGCAAGCCCUGGAUGCAGCUGGGGGGCCCCGCGGGCGCGGCGCACGCCUCCUGCCCGCACCUCCCGUCGCGCAAGGCCUCCUCCGUGCAGCAGAUCGCAGAGAUCAUGAAGAACGGGGGCACGUGCGGGGUGCCCACGGACACCGUGUACGUGCUCGUGGCCGCGUGCAACCGCCCCGAGGCCGUGAGGAAGGCGUACAGGAGCAAGAAGCAGGCCGAGCACCGGCCCAUGUCGCUGUGGAUCUCGGGCACGCGGCAGCUGGAGCCGGUGCGCCACCUCUUCUCGCCGCUGCUCUGGGGCCUCAUGGAGGCCGCGUGGCCCUCGUCCGUCAGCCUCGUCAUCAAGAGGGGGGAGUGGGUGGACAGCCUGGGCAUGGGCGACGCCGCGUCGCUCAUCGGCACUCCGGACAGCAUUGCGGUGCGCUACCCGGACUGCACGGUCACCACGCAGCUCAUCGACCUGGUGGGCCCCAUCGCGGUGACGUCAGCGAACCCCACGGGGGAAGCGGACACGACUCAUCACAACCAGGUGUACGCCAAGCUGGGGGCACAGGUGGACGGGGUGCUGUGCGAUGGCCCCUCCCCGGAGAACAUCGCCUCCACCGUGGUGGACUGCACCAAGAUCGAGGAGGGCGCCCUCAAGUUCUUCAGAGUCGGCCUCGUGCCCAAGUCCAAGGUGCUGACGAUGUUUGAGGAGGUGCGCGCUCGACUGCAGCCCGCGCCCAGAGGCGGUUUCACAAACGUCGGCUUCGACUAUGACGAGGAGGAAGAGGAGAAGGAUCGGGAGGUUCGCAACCAGGACUCGAACCCGGGUGUCGCGGGCUCCCAGGAGGACGGGUCGUCGGAGGUGGCGUGACCCAGCGGGGUCGCUUCACCCCACCGAGAAAUGGACACCCACCGCCCGGCGUGGAUCACAUUGCGUCGAUUCACGUUGCAUGACGUUCACAUUGCAUGACGUUCACAUUGCAUGACGUUCACAUUGCAUGACGUUCACGUUGCAUUGGUUCACAUGACACUGCGUCGGUUAAACUUGCAUCGACUCGCAUUGUAUUUCGUGCGAUCAUACGCUUUUCAUUGCAUAACUCCAUAGAAUCACGUCGCCCGACCUUACACUCGCAUGCAUUUCUAUUUCAAUGUACAGGACUUAAUUCAUAUACCGUAUUGUGACUCCCAGAGUGAAUCGAUCAGCAACUUUUCUCGUGUGGUAAAAUGUGGCUACUCUUGCUUCCUCCAGGACGUCUGGCCAACGUGGAAGAGUAGGCCAAGUACCCUCUCCGAGAGUGGGGGGGGGGGGGGGGGGGGGGGGAGAGGGGGCUCUGCUCUGUUUAGCUCCCUCUAGUGAAGGCCUCUUCCUCCAGCAGUGACGUGGGUGUGAACAAUUUCAGGGCUGCGCCUUUGCUUCGUGAUAUCAACUCGCAAGUUGCACAAACGAGAGAGACGCCUCGUGCUUUUGCCAUUGCUGGAGAGAGCGUCGCACAGACGGGUUCAUGAACCCUCCUCCGCUGACGCCACUGCCGUGGCCACCCUCCGCGCGUGGCCCAGCGGGGCUCUGGGGGCUUCGCGACUCCUUGCGUGGAUCCACCGAAACCCCCCUUGCCUUGGAAUGCCACCGGCUGCCUCGACUGUGGCUGCGCCACCGCGUGCACCCACGCGUUCGUCCGUCUGUCGCCGCAGCCCUCGCGUAAAGGCGAAUAGGUCACGUGGCUGCGUGAGCGCACUCCCAAGUUAGCGUACGUAGCUGUUAAGUAACCGUGAAUCGAUUAUUUAUCGGAUUGCCAAUGUGGAGAGGGGCGAGGACGGCCGGAGUGAGACAAGGCAACGCUUUGUAAAAAAUGUAUUUAUUUAAUUUGUAAGGUUUAUUUUGCGUUUUUAUGCCCGUGCCGUGAUGUGUUCACUGAAAAAUAAUAAACGUGGCUUUUAAGUUAA